CUAUUAACAACGAAACUUUCUGUGGCUGAGUUUUAACUGUCAAGACUUCAACCUCAUGAUUGAUGGUGCAGUAGUAGUUGCGACAUCGCUGCCAAUACGGCGACCACAGCAGUUUGGUUCAUGGCCGGCACGAGCACUUUUCCUCCUCCCAUGACUGGAUCGACGCCUGUUGAAGUCCCUAGAAUCAACGGUGUUGGUCCUUUGCUCCACAGAAUUGGUGCUUCUCUCAUGCCGCUUCGAAUUGCAACGAAAAGUAAUGGCGUCUUCGCUUGUAGUAGUCGGAGUUCUUGUUCAAAUCUUGCCCUUGCUGAGGGACCUUCAUGCAUCUUUGUUGGACCUAUCGAGACCGCCAGUAAGGAAACCUUAGAAGCUCUGUACCGUCAGGCACGAGAUGCUUAUUACAGCGGGAAGCCUUUGAUUGUUGAUGACAUGUUUGAUAAAGUAGAGCUGAAAUUGCGCUGGUAUGGCUCAAAAUCUGUUGUGAAGUAUCCCCGUUGCAGUCUUAGGCGGCAAUCAACAUAUGCAGAUGCUGAGGAAGAUCACUCUCAGGUUUUGGCAUUAGCUAGCGUUUGGACCCUUAUACUUGCAUUUGGUGGCUUAGCUUUUCUGGUGCCUACCAUCUACACUGUUGGUCGGGCUUAUCAGGAUGCAUUCACCUCAAAGUUUUUAUCAAGUAGCUCGUCAUCUACAUUAGAAUUUCUUUCCAUGGUGAAUGGCAUCCUCUUAAUGGCUUUGGGGUCCCUGAUAGGUUAUCCUAUUGCAUCAGCUUCUGUCAGAGCACUUCAAGGCCUGUGGAGAAACAACUUGGUGGCAUUAAAGGGACCGUGCCCAAACUGCACGGAGGAGGUUUAUGCAUUUGUGAGGGCAGAUCAAUUCAAUCAAGUUCCCCAUAGAGCAGAUUGUCACGUAUGUCAGUGCACUCUAGAAUUCCGCACCAAAGUCGAGAAAUCCAUUUCAAGACCAAGUGGACGUUGGGUCUAUGGUCGCAUUUACCUGGUCCCAGGUAGGGGCGCAAACUGUCAUCAAAGAUGGAUGUAGAAGAGGUGGUGUUUCCAUUAUUAUCUUGGCUUGUCUGGUCUCUUAGCUUAUGUACAGUAAUUUCAUUCUUUCUUCUUGUUCAACUAAGUGUAAUGAGGAGAACUUGUAACUGCCUUGGGCAGUGACAUAUCACAUCAGAAUCAAACUGAGAGUUCCGUCAUUGAAGAUUGUAUGGGAUGAUUUUCCGACCUCAGAUUAAUAGCAUCCUGGCCAGUUUAAUUGUCGAAUUUUUACUGCAUCUAUUUCUGCCCAGGAGGGGAUACUAUCACAUGAAAAUUUUCACUCA